AUGUCCUAUGCUUUGCCAUUGGUCUCUUCGCUAAUAUGCCCGUAGUUCGUCUGUUCUGCUUGUUCACUUCAGUAGCCCUAUUUGUAGACUACGUCUAUCAGAUGACAUUCUUCACAGCUGUGAUGAGUUUUAUCGUUCGAAGACAGAUCAAACUUGAUAGAAAAGCAGUUGAGAACAAAGUUGCGCCGGAAAUGGCAAUCUCAUCGAUCGAUAAAAAGCUCAAUGAUGCCAAGUCGUUCUCGGUGAUGAUGCCUGUAUUCACGCCAUCCCCGGUCAAAGCUCCAGCGAAGGGUAGACUGGAGGUGUUUAUCGAAUGGCUACACACGAAAACCGCAAAAUCCUUAGUGAUAGCAAUAUUCAUCGUUCACAUAGGAAUUAGCUCUUUCUUGGCGAGUAAAGUAAGUACCGAUUUUGAUAUGGAGAAUCUCUAUUUGGAAGGAUCACCACUUACCUUAAUUUCUCGAAGAAUGCAGGAUUUUGUCCUACGCGAAGCGUUCGUUGUGAAUUUUGCUGUACAACCUAUGCCUGAUCUUCAAAAUGCUACCGUCCGCGAAAAAUUUGAGGAAAUGGUUGAUCGUUUGGAACACAUCCCAAAAUAUGGUGCUGGACCAGAUAGUACAAUU